AUGACUUGUCCGUUUCCAAUGAGAGUAGCAUCGGGAAAAAGAAAAGAAAAGGAAGAAACCCUAGUCCCGGAGUCCUCAGCGCAGCAACGUGAGAAAACCCCAACUGACGACUCAUCUCUCUCCACAUUGUCAUCGUUGUUUUUCCCCCGUAGCAGCCGUAGCGAGAAAGUCCAACGGCGCCAAGGAAGCAGCCUCCACUCGUGCGGUCCUACGCGCAAGCCCUGCAUCAUCGCCACCAUCACCAGCACUUCCUUUCCCGUUCCGCUAUUCCCCCACCGCUGGUGCCUUUCAUUCUCCAUCAUCAAUCGGCCUCCGGCAGAAGGGAACCGCCAAGACUACGCUGUCGGGAGAGCCUCGAGGUUAUCAUAG